AUGGCUGCGCUUUUGGGCCUCCUCUCCGUCUUCCAUCUGCUCCUCUCUGCUGGCGCAUCUGGCAUACCCAGCCCUCAAUCACUUGCAUCUGAUUUGUCCAUCAUCACUCACAAUGACCUCUACGGCCAGGCUUCCAGCAGAAGGGCCGCAAGCAUCUUGCUAACCACCCCUUAUACCUAUUCUGCCGCCCGUUCCCAAUGCGCUGCUCUCGACACCACCCUCUGGAACCCCCGCAGCCAUGCCCAAGACUCGGCCUAUCUCGAAUACCUCAGUUAUGCAAAACUCGCUGGUCCUGACUGUCUCCUCUGGGUCGACGGCAACUCCACCUCACAGUGCACAGCAAUAUCUACUCGUGGCCAAUUGGAGCACCACCCAUGUGACAAGCACUUGCCUGUUUUGUGCUCAACCGCCGCUGCUUCCACUUCCCUACCCCGCAUUGCCGUCACAACUAACAAUGCUACCAUGAUAGGCCGUCGGGAUGACUCUUCCCCGUCCUUUCGUUUCUUGGGCAUCAAGUAUGGCGCUGUUCCAGCCCGCUUUACCCACUCCAAAUACUUACCCCCUACGCCUGGUUCAAACACGACGGCACUCGACUAUGCCCCCAUAUGUAUGCAGGUUUCGUCUGACUCUCCAGACCCAAACGUCUAUGCCGAAGACUGCUUCUUCCUCAACAUAUGGACCCCAUAUCUCCCCAACCCUGUAAACAAAGCUCCAAAGCUCAAGGCCGUCAUGGUCUGGUUGCAUGGCGGCGGUUUCCUCACUGGAACAGCAAGUGAUCCUACCUAUGACGGCUCGGCCCUGGCAUCUCGAGGAGACGUUGUCGUCGUGUCCGUCGACUAUCGCCUGUCCACCCUUGGCGGUCUUGCCCUAAGCAAUACUUCACUGACAGGAAAUUAUGGUCUCGGCGACGUGAUUACCGCCUUGGACUGGGUUCGUGCUCAUAUUGGUGACUUUGGCGGCGACAAAGACAGAAUUACCGUCUUCGGACAGAGUGCAGGAGCAUCUCUGGUAAGAGCCUUGCUGGCAUCACCACGGGCACAAGGCAAGUUUGCACGCUCAAUUAUGAUGAGCAACCCUCAAGGCAUGAGCUACUCGUCAGCCUUUUCAAACUACUUGACUAUUGCAGAAGAAACCAAACGUACCCAGGGUGUCGUCGCUGAAAUGGGGUGUGGGCAGCUCCAGGGUGAGGACAUGGUCCAAUGCCUACGCAAGGUGGAUCCAUGGGCAUUGAUCAAUGCUAAAAACAUUGCUGGCUUCCCAGUCAUUGAUGGUAAAUUGUUAACAAACUCCCUCCUUCUUGGCCCAACAGCACCCAAACUAAAACAACCCGUCAUGAUGGGCAUCAUGCACGACGAUGGCUCGUCGUUUACGUCCUAUCCAACCUCCUCCAACCUCUCUGACGUCCUCUCUUCUCAAGGUUACCCUGCUUCCACCAUUCUUGCCUCAAACACCUUUCCCCUUCCAGAUAUCGCCAACAGUACGCUUGCCAUUUUCAACCUCACCACAAGGGUAGCCACGGACGCCCAGUUGAGAUGUUUGGGGCAAAGUACUGCCUACACCGGAGCCGCAAACCGCAUCUUCGAUAAAGUCUACGCCUACGAAUUCGAUAGAUCCUUCCAGCUUAAAGGGUGGAGUCCCAAUCCCCCAGCUUGCGAAGCUCUCAUCACACCAGAUCACCCGUUUGGCGACCCAAAUCUACCGUACUACAAAUGCCACUCGGGCGAGCUAACCACCGUCUUCGGCACCGUCGUCCCACAAGGCAGACCCCUCCGCGACGACUAUGACAUUCCCUUUUCCCAACUCGUCCUCGAUUCCUGGACUGCUUUCGCCCGAACGGGCAAUCCCAACCCCGAUCCUGCCUUCUUGAAAACUAGGGGUUUCACGAAUACUACGGUCAUGCUGGAGGUGCAGGGAACUUGGGGUCCGGUUGAUGUCAAGAAUCCAAUGUUGAAAGCACUAGAUGUAGGGAAGAAGGGUGGUAUGACGGGUUUUAGAGAAGAGGCGCAGUGCAAGGCUUUAGGGUUCGGGUUGGAGUAUUACAACAAGUAG